CACACACACACACACACACACACACACACACACACACACACACACACACACACACAAACACACUAACCUGAGUAUAUCCUAUUGAAGCACCAUGGUCACUUCUGAUGCCUGUUAUAGCCUCAAAGAAUCAUAGCUUCUAAUGCCAGACAAUUUAUCUUUCUUCUAAAACCACAACAAGAAGGAUUUCUCAGGGCCUUUGCACCCCUCAUUUGAUACAGUGAAAUCUGAUUUCAUUUCAGGCCAAAGCCAGAUUAGCUGAAUCUCCUGUUCUCGCUAACACCUUCACAAAACUGCCCAGAUUAGAUGGGAUUUUUUUUUCUUCAGCCACUUUAUACUUUUUUUGUGCUUUCUGUAUAGGGGGAUUAUGUUUUGUUUCCUUUCUUUAAUCUAUCGAGUAAAUGGGGGGUUUGACACGAACCACAAGGAGCAGAGACAGAGCGAGAGAGAGAGAGAGAGAGAGAGAGAGAGAGAGAGAGAGAGAGGAAAAAAAGAUUCCGUUCUCUAUGAAAGUCUGCUUCUUUGGAGUCCCAGAACAGAGGAGCGCAGCAGACCAUGGAGAUGGAUGAAGCUCAUGUAGAGAAAAAAACAUUCGCCUUCAGCAUUGACAGCAUCCUGAGCAGAACGUCUGAGAAAAGUGACGAGAACAAACCGAGUACAGCUUCUGACUUAAGACUCCCCAAUGAGGAUGGACCAGAUCUGGAGUCAGGAGCGACUACAAAUCCUGUGGAGCCUCUUCAUCAUGUCUGUGUGUGCUGCUGUUACUGCUCACACUGUGGAGAGAUGCUCCAGGCUGAUUACCUGCCUGCUAUAUCCUGUCAGUUUGCAUGGAGCAAGAGAGCACUAACUGAGACAAGCCUGACAGAAGGUCAGAGAAGAGAGAGUUUUGGUCAAAUCCAGAAGCGGAUCCGGCGUCACCGCACCAUAUUCACCGAGGAGCAGCUAGACGCUCUGGAGGAGCUGUUUGUACAGAACCAGUAUCCAGACAUACACACACGUGAGCAGCUUGCUGAGAGGACUCACCUGAGAGAGGAGAGGGUCGAGGUGUGGUUCAAGAAUCGUCGAGCGAAGUGGCGAAGACAGAAAAGACUACAGUUUAGUCUCCAUGGGCAGGAUGAGUGGAAAAAUGUCCUGCAUGGUGACUGAAAUGCUCUCAUAUGUUUAGUCAAAUACAAAGGUUUUCUUUUUUUUUCCACAUAGUGUUUUGAAUAUGAAUUAAAGGAUAAUACACCACUAUUUCACAAUAUACACUACAUUUGCAGACACCUGACCAUCACAUCCAUAUAAUGGACACCUGACCAUCAGAUCCACAUCCAGCUUCUUCUUUAACCAUAUAGAAUGUCUUUGUCUGCUGUAGCUUUACAAUUUCAUUUUACUGAAACAUAUAGACUCAAAACUAUUCCAGCGUGACACAAAGUGACCCUGUGCACAAAGCAAGCUCAUUGAAUACGUAGUGUGUUAAGGUUGAAGUGGAAGAACUCAAGUGUCCCUGACCUCAACACCUUUGAGUUGGAUCUCCCUGACCUCGACACCCUCUACAGCAACGCUUCAAAAUCGAGUGGAAAUUCUUCUCAAGAGAGUCGAGAUCAUUAUAACAGUAAA